AAAGCCAGUGGACAAAUGACAGAAGACCAGAAGUUUAUUCUCUGGAGAUAUGGGCUCAGAGCGGCACUGGACUUGGGGACACCAGGCCCAGGUGAGAGUGCAUCUCCAUUAACCAUGUAGGGUUCUUGUGGAAGUCAGACCAAACAGCAGGAAGGUAUUGCAGCAAGAUGGAUUUGGGAAAGGACCAGUCUCACUUGAUGCUCCAUCAGAUACCUGAUCCUCAUCAAGAAGAGAACCAUGUUCCAGAAGUCAUUGGAACUUGGAGUUUAAGAAACAGAGAGCAACUCAGAAAAAGAAAAGCUGAAGCACAAGAAAAGCAAACUUCACAAUGGCAAUUUGGAGAGAAAAAACAUAAGCGGCAGAGAACAGGAAAAAGAAGUGAAAGAGGCAGAAAGAGACAACAAAAUACAGAAAUGAAGGUGGAGCCUCUGUCACAAUUAGAAAAGGAAAUGAUGGAGAAAGCACCAGCAUCUACAGAGAAAGAAACUGAACCACCCAGGAGUGUGACCGAAGCUCUCCUUCCGGUAGCCUCCACGCAAAGAGUUGUGCCCAAGAAACAUUUUUCUGAAAUAGGUCAAGAAAGCAUUAUCCAUCAGGAAAAUUCUUCUGAAUACCAAGAAACAGCAGUACAAAACCACCCUUCUGAAGUACUCCAAAAUAUGGCUGAAUCUGGAGACCUCUCUCCUAAAAUGUACCAAGAAAUAGCUGUAUUUCAAGACCAUCCUUCCCAAAUGCGCCAUGAUAUGGCUCAACCUGAAGACCUCUCUCUUAAAAUGUGCCCAGAAACCGCUGCAGCCAAAGCCCUUUCUUCUAAAACAUCUGAAGAUGUAGCUGACCUGGAAGGAUGCCCUCUUGAAGCAUACCCCAAACCAGAUGUGCCUAAAGGCUACGCUCUUGAAACAUACCAAAAAAGAGCUGAACCUGAGGAACACAAUUCUGAACUAGGUCAAGGAAUAGCUGAGACUGAAAAUUUUGUUCCUAAAGCACAAGAAAUAGCUGUGCCUAAAGAGCUUUCUAUAAAAACAUACCAAGAAACAGUUGAACCUGAACACUUUUCUCAUAAAACAUAUAAAGAAAUCGCUGUGUCUAAAGCCCCCUCUCAUAAAACAAUCCAAGAAACACCUGCUCCUGAAAAAUAUUCACCUGAAAUAUACCAAGAAACAGCUGGGCCUGAAGACCAUGCCCCUGAAAUAUACCAAGAAAUACCUGGGCCUGAAGACCUCUCUACUAAGACAUAUAAAGAUAAGGAUGUGCCUGAAGAAUGCUUUCCAGAGCUGCACCAAGAAAGAGGUGGGCCCCAAGACCAGGAUCCUAAAGCACACCAGGAAGAUGCUAAGGAUGUUUAUAUUUCUCCUUGAGAAAUGAAGGAAAAACCCAAAGCAGAGGAACCAGAGAUACCAGCAAUUCCAAACGUUCCUCAAGAGAUUCAACCAGAAAAUAAAAUUUAUAGUUGUUUUGUUUUAACAAUGUGCAACCAUCAUAGUUGUCCAACAAAAUUCACAUCUUAGUACAUUAUAUGUGAUUUUUCUCAAAAUAUGGUAGAAAUCUCUACAAUAUUCAUUAAUAUUUUAACAGUGGUUUUUCCCCCAUAUAUAGACCAUAU